GGUAGCAGCCUCGGAGUACGCUCGGCAGAGGUGUCCGCGGCGGCCAGUCCCGGCGGGAUGGAAAUGAGAGCCCGAAAGCUUGGGCUUGGCUGCCAGGUGCCGUGCGCCCUGGGGCGAGUCACCUCGGGACACGUUGAAAUGGGAGCCUGAAAGCUUGGGCUUGGCUGCCGGGUGCCAAGCGCCCUGGAGCGAGUCACCUCGGGACACUCUGUCGGGACAGUCUCCUAAAGGACCCGCCAGUUUCACGGCUGUUGGCACCCUGAGUACCCGAAGCGGGCAGGAUAAUUCUCGUUCCACAAAUACUUGUUUAAGUGGUGACUUAAGUGGAAGGUUCUGUUCUCGUGGCCCUGCGUUUGCGCAGGUGGACGGUAUGGAAGCACGCCUUCAUUUAUUAGAAUGUUUGAUCCUCCCCGCAAUCCUGUAAGGCCCACAAAGACAAUAAUUAAGACAGGAACCUGGCUGCUGUAUUUACCAUGUACCUGGAGCAUUGGUUUGGCAGCUGAACCAGGUUGUUUUCCAGACUGGUAUAUGCUCUCCCUCUUUGGCACUGGAGCUAUCCUGAUGCGUGGAGCAGGCUGUACUAUUAAUGACAUGUGGGACCAAGACUAUGAUAAAAAGGUUACAAGAACAGCCAGUCGCCCAAUAGCCGCUGGAGACAUUUCGACUUUUCAGUCCUUUGUUUUUCUUGGGGGACAGCUAACCUUGGCACUGGGUGUUCUUCUGUGUCUGAAUUACUACAGUAUAGUUCUGGGAGCAUCAUCCUUACUUCUUGUCAUCACCUACCCACUAAUGAAAAGAAUUACAUACUGGCCUCAAUUAGCCUUGGGCUUGACGUUUAAUUGGGGAGCAUUACUUGGAUGGUCUGCUAUCAAGGGUUCCUGUGAUCCAUCUGUUUGCCUGCCUCUUUAUUUUUCUGGAGUUAUGUGGACACUAAUAUAUGAUACUAUUUAUGCCCAUCAGGACAAAAGAGAUGAUGUUUUAAUUGGUCUUAAGUCUACGGCUCUGCGUUUCGGAGAAAACACCAAGCAGUGGCUCAGCAGCUUCAGUGUUGCAAUGCUGGGGGCGCUGAGCCUAGUGGGUGUCAACAGUGGUCAGACUGCUCCCUACUACACUGCCCUGGGUGCUGUAGGAGCCCAUCUGGUUCACCAGAUUUACACUCUAGACAUCCACAGACCUGAGGAUUGUUGGAAUAAAUUUAUCUCCAACCGAACACUAGGACUAAUACUUUUUUUAGGGAUUGUCGUCGGGAAUCUGUGUAAAGAAAAGAAGACAGACAAAACAAAGAAAAGUAUAGAGAAUAGAAUAGAAAAUCAAUGAAGUUUAUCUAGGAUUUAUUAAAACAAAUUUUUACAAAAUAUAAUUAGAUUUGAGUACAAAACCUCUUACAAUAUGGUAAAGAACUAAAAACCUGAAGAUGAAGAUUUAGAGCAUAUUUACCUGGAUUUUAAUUCAAUUAUUUGCUAGCAGAAUUCCCCCUUGUCACAGAAACCAGGGACUCUUCAGGAUUUGAUAUGGCCUUGAGUAUUUUAGUUGACAUAUUCUUCUGCCCAUUAGAAUUCUCUCCUGAAGUUAUGGGGAUUGUAUGAGUUUGGGCACUUUAGAAAAAGCCUGAUGUAGGUCUUAUGUAAAUGAAUGUCUCUAUAAGAAAAUGGCCUCUUUUUUUAGGGAAAAAUAAAAGUUGCUAUGGGAA